AUGGAUCAGACAGAGACAAAAGAGCGGAGGGACUCCGGGUCUCACGAUAUCACAUCUCCGAAGAAACUCGUCAGCCAGUACCACGGAAGUGUGGAGGUUGUUAGGGCCGGAACUCUCGCAGCGCUGGUGGAAAAUCUGACGCGCCACGACAAGCUUGACGGUUCGUUCAACCGGACAUUCUUCGCUACUUAUAAGUAUUUUACCUCUGGAGCAGAACUCCUUGGGCUCCUCAUUGAUCGAUUUGACUGCUCGCCUCCCACAUUAACCGCCACACAGGCGACAGAAUGGACGACACAGACAAAGCCACUGAUUCGAUUGCGCGUGAUAAAUGUUCUGAAGCAGUGGCUCGAGCAUUUCUGGUCUGAGCCAAAAGACAUUGAUACAGAUCGUAACUUGCGAAUACUGCAGUCAUUUGCAAAGCGCGCCACGGAUGCCAUCGGGACAAGCGCAACACAUCAACUUCUCACAAUCGUUCAGCGCCGACUUGCGGGCCUCGAUUGUCACAGAAGAUCAGUAUCAUCCAUCUCAACCGCGCCAAAACCAAUUUUGCCACGAAAAUUAGACAAGCUCCAGUUCCUCAAAAUCGAUGCCACGGAGUUUGCGAGGCAGCUGACUAUCAUGGAAGCACAUAUGUUUGGCAAAGUACGACGAGAUGAAUUUCUAAACAAAAACUGGCAAAAGAAAGAGAGCUCCGGUACGCCUGAGCUAGCUCCAAACAUCAGGGCCUUGAUUCGGUUUUCCAAUCAGCUCUCUAAUUGGGUUGGCGCCCUAAUACUCGCAGAGUCGGAUGUGAAAAAGCGGGCUCAAGUCAUAGGACAUUUGGUCAAUGUGGCCAACACAUGUUGUCAACUCCAUAAUUACUCCGCGGUGGUCUCUAUCCUGGCAGGCCUGGAAAGCGCACCCAUCUACCGGCUUGCUCGCACCUGGGCAAUGGUUACCGAACUGCACACAAUUACCAGGCCUAGCGUGACACGUUACGGGUUGCAGUGGCACCGUGCAUCCCUUUUCUUGCAAUUAAAAUUGCCAGUGAUUAACCAUUCACCAGGGCUGUUUUUGAAAGAUUUGACAUUCAUCGAAGAUGGGAACCCAGCCAUGACACCGGAAGGACUCAUCAAUUUCCACAAAUAUACUAUGCUAGCAUCAACCAUCCAUGAGAUUCAGCGUUUAAAAGAAGCUCCUUACUCCUUACGACCCGUACCUGAGUUGCAGGAAUAUCUUGUUACUCAAUUACAAUCGGCUGUUGACUUACACGACAUGUGGGACAAAAGCUGCGAGUUGGAAGCUCGAGGCCGAGAUCUUGGAAAUAGACCCUGGGACCUAUAUAUCCCCACAGGGGGCAUGUUCGCGUCCAUGGUAGUCGCUUGCAUGGUCCUGGACGAUUGA